AUAAACCUGUUGUCCUAUCUUUCGCGCAUGUCCCAUUCAAUAUCCGGUUUCAAUCCAUUAUGGCCACCAAACAACAUCAACAAACAUUGUACUUUCAUUUGUCACACAUAUUUUGGAUAUAUUAAAUAACGAUUCAUGAGUUUAGCAAAAAGGUGGUAGAAACUUUGAAUCUAGGAGAGCUGACAAUGGGAAAUCAAAUUGUUCGAAAAAAAGGCACUCAGUCAAAUGAGGAUGAACCUUCUAGUCCAGGCUAUUCCAGUACUGGUGAUGUUACGUCCGAUGGAUCUGAAACUGAUCAAACACAAUUAAGUAGGAAAAAAAGUAAAAAAUUCCAGACAAUUGCACUAAUUAAACUUUUUGAGAAACUUGAACUUACAGCAGAUGGGGACAAUGCUCACCCUGGAGAACUCACAAGGGCAACAUUUGAGGAUGCUUUUCAUGGGCCUUUGUCCAAAUUUGGAAAAUUAAUGUAUUUACAAAUGACAACCAACAGCUCAACAACAAAUAGAGAAAGAAUUACCAAAGAACAGUUUGUGAAGGCUGGGCGAGAAAUCCUAAAAAUGUUUGAUGAGAAAGUCAUUGUCAAAUAUUACUUUUAUUUAUUUGCUUCUUCUAGGGAUCAAAUGAACAAAGAAGAGGCAAGACAGAUGUUUGAAAUAUCUUUUGCACUUACAUUGUCCCUCUCUAAAAUUUUGUACCAAGAAGAUGAACGAGAUCCCCGUGUAUUUACAGCAAUGGUGACUGGUUUGUUUGGAAUCAACAAUGAAAUAAACUUUGAUGAAUUCAACAAAUGGUUAACUGAAUCCUGUCCACACCUUUUUCACUGUGUCCAUAACUGGGUUUGUCAAAUUUUGACAGGCUCUUCUCUUCCAUCAGAAAUGGAAAUGGCACGUGUCCCUCACCUUGAAGGCCUAACAGCUGGUAACAAUUGUACAUCCAUGGCAAUACUGUGGCUGUUGUCGCUGACUCUGCCUCCUGUUUAUACAAAACAGCCAGAGCCUUACAGACCUGAUGGGGCCUCAGCAUCUUCAGCCACCAAAGACCCCAUGUGGACAUCAUUAUUGUUAUUAAGAAAAAUUGCUAGAUUACCAGAGGUUAACAGUUGGAAACUGUUGUACAAUUCUGAUAACCAUGGGAUGUCAAUUAACAGAUUCAACAACCAUGUGUCAUCAUACCAUGCACCCACAGUAACAUUUUUUGCUUUUGAGGGUAGAAAUCUCUACUGCCUUGCCAUCGACAGAGGAUGGUCGGAGGGGCCAAAUAAAUUUGGUGGUGUAGACUGCCGGUUGAUACAGCUGUUACCUGUAUUUAGAGUUACUCAAGCUGGUGAGCAAAUGGUGAGAUGGUCAGAACUAGCAAGAGACAUUCCUAAAGGAAUUACUAUUGGAUGCAAUGGCAAAACACAAGUUCUGCGAUUAUCCAAUGAAUUUGACAAAAUUUUUCACUAUGAGGUUCCUUGUGAACUCCACAAAAUUGAGGUCUGGGGAUGCGGCACAGAAAAUGCAUUAAAAGCGCAGGAAAAUCAAAGAAAAUGGGAGGCGUCAGCCAUUAGAAAAGAACAGUCACGAAAGCUGAGGCCUCAGGCAUAUGGUGAAACAUGGGAUGAUAGCCCAGACAAACAGAUUCUACAAUGGGGUGGUGUUGAUGUUGGAAACCAUUCUUAUAACCGAUGAAGGCUUAGUUUCUACUCUUUUUUUUUUUCAAUAAAUUUUAUCAGUCAUAUGCAUUUUUUUUUACUGCCCAUACUAUCUUAGGCUUUCAAGACUUUGCUGUAAUUAAUUUACUUGCUAGAUGACCUAUGGUUGGAUGAUGGUAUGGUAUCUAAUUAAAGUUUACUUCAUUAAGCCUUGGGGUUGAAUUUAAAACAGCUGAUACUGUUGAUAAACAUUUUACUUUUGGCAAUAUUUGUAAAUUUAAUUUAUUCUUUUAAAUAAAUGCUGAAUAUGAGAGACCUAUUGUGAACCCUUUACUAUCCAAGAAUUAGGUCAGGCUUAGUAAUAUGGUGACAUUCUUUGCAAACAUAUCCACAUGCUUUUAUAAGUAAAACAAAAAAACAUAUACAGGAAAUAGUUUUAUUAUGUUUGAGUGUAAAUAGCAAAAUGAUUGGCCAGUAAUAAAAAAAACGUAUAUCUAUUAUCAAGCUCAGAAAAUUGUUUUUUAAAUCAUGGAAUUACUUUAUUUUCCUAUUGCUAUUCUAUUAACAUAAACUACCCUGGAUUCAGCAUGAGAAGCAUUUUAAUUUCACUAAUUAUACUGCCCCUACAUUUUCGACACUUCUAAAAUUUGUAGUAAAUUAACAGCUUCAGAUAGAACAAGAAAAAUUAGUAAAUGAAAUCUAUUUUUUCCAGCUUCUGCCAAUAUCUUAAAUUUCUCAUAACCAUUUAACCUUCCAUUACUACAUGAAAACAAGUGUAAUAUACACAGUACUAGUGAUUAGAAUGGCACUGAGCACCCAAAAUCUCUGUGGAAGUGAUAGUAAAGGGUAAAUUAUGCAAAACCUACUGUUACUUUAACUUGAUUAUGAAUAAAUAAAGCUGUUUUGAUUUUAUUCUAAUUGCAUGUCUUGAUUAAAGCAUUAAAUCAAAAUUAUACAUACAUUCAAGGGAGGCAACUACUUUAAUCAGGGAGGCAACUACUUAAAUCUUAAAAGUCAAUCUGUAGGUUUUGCAAGAUUUCUCCUGCAGACUGUUUUAGUUGCAAUCCUUGUUACAAAAUUUAGAACCACAUUUUUCUUCAAACCACAUCUGUAAAUGUAUUUUUGAUAGCAGAUAUUGUGAUAAUGUAAACAGUUAAAGAGUAAGCCAGUAAUUGUGUUUAUAUACAGCACAGAUUCUUUGUAUAAUGUCAGAUUUUUAUUUUCAAAUGGAUGAAUAUUUGUUUCAUACCGGUAGUUUCUAAUAAAAUUAUAUCUGUAGUGGCAGUCUCAAUGCUACCCAUUUAUAUGUAAAAUAAAUACAUGUAUAAAGUUUAUAGAUCUACAUUGUAAACCUGUGUGCUCUGUUAAUGAACUGGGGACAUUUUUGCAGUUGCAUUUGUAAUCUAGGACAGUCAUUUUAACUGAUUUUUUUAUACAGGGUUGUUAUCUCAUCUGAUGAUUGACAACUUCAAUUCUUAGUUGCGCUAAGUGUUCUAUGUCAAAUGCAUUUUUUAAAUAUUCAGCAUUUUAACUAUCUCAGCAUUCCAUGAAGCAUGUUGAAGUUUUGUUCUUUUUACAAUAUUUGUUCUGAUGCUAUGUGGUAAAUUGUGAUCAAGCUAGAUAAAAGUAGGAUAGUUAUGGUAAAAACUUGAUCGUGAAAGGUGUAAUUCUUUUAUGGUAUCUGUCAUGCUGUCUUUUUUCUACCUCAAAAAAGAAGACGGACUAAAUUGUAUUAAAUAACUAUAUUACAUUUGUUCAUAAAUUUUUAUCCACUUUCAUCUGUUUAUAAACAGCUGUAUAAGGAAUCUUGAAAUUAAACAAUUUUCAAAUACAUUAUAUUGACUUCAUGAGCAAAAAUAACAGAAAGUAACAUUUUAAUUGCUAACUAACUUUUCAUAUUUAGAUUAUACUGUUUUACAUUCAUACACAUUUUCCCUUGAGUAGUACGAAGAGCAUGAUAGAAAAAAAAAUGUACAAAAGAAGCUAAUCUAAAAAAAAUUACUCAAAUUCAUUGGUUAAGUUGUAAAUGUAAUGUGACCUAACUUUUAAACAGAUGAAUAUACAUUUUUUUUUCUCUUUUGAUGUUUUAAAAGUUCUCAUAAUGUAAAUAUUUUUUUAAUGGAUGCCUAUUUGAUUAUACUAGAAUUCUAGUUAAUAUAAAAUAUACAUUUGCAAUAAAUAACAUACAACUACCCACCGGCUAAUAUGUAUUGGGUAUAGAGGCAGGAUGGUUAUUAAAAAGUUAAGACACUUUAUAAAAUAAAUUGAAUGCUAAUCAUUCACAUAAUAAAAAAUAAUCUAACCUGACCAAUAUUUAAUACCUAUCUAAUAAUUAUGUUUUGACAUGCUCAUUAAAACUCUUUUUGCCGAUGACUGCUCUGUUGAUUUGAACAAGCAUGGCAAUAUUUUUUUAAAAAUCAUUCCACUAAGUGUAAUCUAUUCAUUUUGUACUCUAGAUAUUUUAUAAUCAUUUACUAAAAAAAAUUAAGAGAAAAUGAAUUACAUUCCAAGUAACUUUUUUAAAUUAGAAGUGGAAAAUCUGAGAAAGCAACAGCAGUUGAUUGUGGGAUACCAUCUACUUUGUUCCAAGUGAUAAUGUAAGCUAUAAAAUUAUAUGCUUUCCACUUUAUAUAUUUCUUAGAUAUAACUUUAUACUCACAUUUUCUGAAAAGUCACAGAACUGAUCAUUUUAUAAUUUGAAGUUUAUUCAAGUUAGUGGAUUGGUGAAGUGUUGAAUUUUAUAAAAAUAGUUUCAGUUUCUUUUUUAAUGUAACAUUUAAAAAUAACACUUUAAAACUGGGUUUAUUGUAUCGCAGAAAAUAAUAAUCAAGUGCCUUAAAUAGUAAAAAAAAAAUUAACAUGAAUAUUGUCAUUUAUGAUUGUUUUAGUUUUUGUGAUAGCCAUAAUAAUGCAGGUAAUGCAUGUCACAUGCUUAAUAUCACUUGACAAAACUGUGAGUACGGCUUAAUGGUAAUGGUAAAUUUUACCUUAUUUAAUAUAUCUGUGUGUAUCAAUAAAUAAGCUAGAGCUCUAAAAUUAUAUUUAAAUAUUGUUAAAAUAAU